CAUUAAACGACGACGGUUGGCCUCUGGUUGUGUAAACCUAAUCCCAAGCUUAGUAGCUUCUGCAGUCUCUCCCUGUUACGUAGUCACCAGUCACUCAGUCACUCUCCACAACUUCCGAUCGCCGGCGUCAACUCUCCGGCUACUUUCUUAUCUCUCAAUGCACGAAUGAAUGACAACGCCUUCACUCUGUAAAUCAACUUCACAGUCACUGUGUCGAUCACCAUGCUCUCUCGUUUAAUUCCCAAACCCUCUCAUCUCCGUCGCUUUCUCUCUUUUCCGUUGAAGCCUUCCCACGCGCCUGCGAAUCCCUACUUCACCGUCGUCGUUCCCAAACACUUCUCCACCAACCGCGGCGGCGGCAACAACGACGGCGAUGGCAAGGACCCGUUUUCCUCCCGCGUGUGGAAGGAUUUCCGGGAGACCGAGGAGAAGCUCGACGCGUUCUUCGAGGAGGAGGAGGAGGAGGAGAGCGGAAGCCUCGUCAGAAUGAACGACGACGGCGGAAGCAGUGGUGGGAGGAGAAGGGAUGAACGGGGGUGGCUGCAAGAGGAGGAACAAGGGUGGUUGCAACAGAAGGGUUUGGACGAUGCAGAUGAAGAUGCUAUAUUUAAAGGGAUCGACGAGGAAAGCGGAGGAGAAGCCGGUGGUGGUGGUUUUGAUGAGAGCAAUUUUGGAGUUGGAGCAGGGGAGGACUUCAAACCUUGGAGCAUGAAGGAGGAGGAGGACAAAGAGGAUGUGUUUGAUUUCAAAGAUGAUGUGGGGCAUGCAGGAGACAUCACUGCUUUGGAUAUUAAGCCUAAAGUUGAUGUUGAACAGCUUGAGAAGGAAGAGCAAGCUCUCACUGCUAUUGUCAAAGGCCCAAAACGUGCAUUUGGUGAUUUGAUUGCUGCUUCUGGAAUCACGGAUGAGAUGCUUGAUAGUUUGAUUGCGUUGAAAGACUUUGAUGGGGUUCAUGGGUUGCCCCCUCUUAGUGUAAUUGAAGACAUGCGGUAUGAGAAGAAUACUAGAAAAUCGACUAGAGGUGAAAUGGAGCGUCUGAAGCAAGAGGAAGCUGCCAAAGCUAGAGUGAAGCAGGUUGAUGAUAAAGGACGUGCUUAUGGAACAGGAAGAAGAAAAUGCAGUGUUGCCCGUGUCUGGGUUCAGCCUGGUAAUGGCCAAUUUGUUGUCAAUGAUAAAGAGUUUGAUGUCUAUUUUCCUAUGCUUGAGCAUCGUGCUACUCUCCUUCGACCUUUCUCUGAGACAAAGACUUUGGGGCUCUGGGACGUCAGUUGUACUGUGAAAGGAGGUGGUGUUUCAGGGCAAGUUGGAGCUAUACGAUUGGGGAUCAGCAAGGCUUUGCAAAACUGGGAACCAGAUUUGCGGCCAGCACUUAGAAAUGCUGGGUUCCUGACAAGAGACUCACGAGUGGUAGAAAGGAAAAAGCCUGGAAAGGCCAAAGCAAGAAAAAGUUUCCAAUGGGUCAAGCGUUGAUACUGGAUGGCCAUUUUUGUAUGGAAUAUUAGCAUUCCUUAAUAACAUCUUGAAAUUCGAUUGUCUUGUACUGCAUCUUUCCUCAUUUGUCUUUUUUAAGGGGAGCAGAUCGAAUAAACAGAUUCAGAUUAUUAUGGUUAGAAGAUUUCGACCGUUCUCUCCUCAUCUUCCUGCCUUCCAACAAUUUCUCUAUUCAUUCCUAAUCACCUGUGAUGUAAUCAACGUUUGAAUUUCAAUGACAUAUAACUGUAGAAAAUUUUGUUCACGAUUCACUCUUUGGAGAGAGCUCCCAAUUGCUAUUUUUCCCCUAUCCUUCCCAUUGCAUAAUGAAUGUUGUAUUAAAACUUUAGUUGGUUAUUGUAGGGAGAUCCGUGUGUGGAGUAUGUUAUUUCCGUUCA